CCGCUAGUGAAUUUACGAAUCCUCGUGCUAUAGAGUAGGAACCUAUUAUAGCUCCAGGAGGUUCUAGGAUCCAUGUCGCACCGCCACACCUUGAACAAGACGCUGGUUUUUUCAACUUGCACAGCCUCCGCCGCGCCCGACGCUGUGCAAGUUGAAGCAGCCGCGGCAAACUCGCACUUCAAGCGCGGCAUUCGCGACGCCGACAAAGGCCAAGACGCGUGCCUUGCAUGAUACAGGUGUCCCUAUGAGUCACGCCUUGAGCUAGCACCGGUAUUAUACCGCAGCAGAGCCAGUUGCACGUACGGUACGCAGAGAAAUCCAGUAGCGGCGCGGGCACGUACGGCCGCGCCCGUGUCCCACAACAGAGCAGCUCGGAGCGGAUGACGAUGAUGCUAUGCUACGCGGGCUUGGUACGCGCGAGAGGCUACGCACCCAAGCAAAAAUCAAGCGCGUCCCACCAACAUGCGUCGAUCCACAGCGUGGGGAGCUCCUACUACGUUAGCUCGGAGGCAUCGCAGCGACGUGCAACCGCGCGCAUCUAUGGUCUUCCCUGUAAAUGGAAGCACGUGCGUCGAUGACGCCGAGAGGUGGUUUCUUCGAGUCCGGAGCUCGGUCGCCUGGUCCCGCAAGCGUGUACGAAGACUGAGCGUAGUUGUUCUAACGUUAGUAUAUGUAUAUGACGGAAACGCCACAUCAGAUGCACUAAAAUAGCAAUCCCGUAUGAGCACACCUGUGCGCAGGGAUAGCAGCGCUGCGACUGACAAGCGGCGGCGACGCUCCAACGCCGUGCACGUGGCCGCAGACGACGUACUUGGUCGCCCUGUCCACUGGCUACUACCCCAUUUCUCUGUACUAGAGCUCGUCCAGUGCAGAGGAAGGUCAAGCCAUGGAGCUCGAGCCAAGUCCUGUGCGUGCAUGCGCCAAGUGCGCGUCCGGCACCAUCUCGGAGAGUGUCGCCAAAGAAAACCAGGCGCUUCGGGACGAGAUCAAGGGCCUGCGGCACUCGCUCGAGUACCACACACGACGCGCCGACAAGGCCGAAGCGACGCUCCUCACGCACGAAGCUGAAGUGCGCGAAGUCUACCGCCAAAAAGAAGCGACUCUGCUGCUCGAGAUCACGACCUUGCGAGCGGCGUUGUCGGCCAGCACCGAGGCCAAUGAGACCCAAGUGCGCGAGUUCCAGGCGCAAAAAGUUGUCAUCGAGCAGAGCUUUCGGGACCGCAUCGAAGCUGUGGAUACGAAGUACGUCAACCAAGCGUUUAGCCCCAAAGCUCUCAAGACGCCCGCGGUUCAAUUGACUUACGACCCCGCGUUGGGAGCCAACUACUGCCCGCUGCCACCACGCAACCGGGGAGGGUCCAGCGCCAUGAUCAAGGAGCUGCUCACGAGCGGUGCGGCCGACACGAGUGGCGACGCUGCCAUUAUGACGUCGAUCCUCGCCAACGCGCAGAAACACUCGCAGCGAACCCUUUGCCUCCGCGAAGAAUAGUCGCUGAUGAUUAUAAUCAUUUUAUGUACUGA